UCGGCCUCUUAAGGAGGAGAGAGGGAUAAACACAAAUCGUCCACUCGCUUUCUGAAUCUCCCUCCCUUUUUCUUCUUCUUCUUCUUCGUUUUAGGGUUUUGAAUAUUCUCGCCCUCGGAAAAUGAGUAGCAACAAAGAUAACUUCGACAUGUCCGACCUCGGCACCUCCCUUCCGGCCGCCGCCGCCGCUCUUAGUGCGGAGGAUCGCGCUGGUCUUGUUAAUGCGCUCAAGGAUAAGCUUCAGAGCUUGGCUGGACAGCAUUCCGACAUAUUGGAAACUUUGUCACCAACGGUCAGGAAACGUGUUGAUGUAUUGAGAGAGAUGCAGAGCCAACAUGAUGAGUUGGAAAAGAAGUUUUUUGAAGAAAGGGCUGCAUUGGAAGCAAAAUACCAGAAGCUCUAUGAACCUCUCUACACAAAGAGAUACGAAAUUGUCAACGGUGUAACCGAAGUUGAAGGAGUGAAAAAUGAAUCUGCAGUGGACCAAGGAGAUGAUGCCACUGAAGAGAAAGGAGUGCCUGACUUCUGGCUUACAGCAAUGAAGACCAAUGAAGUUCUUUCUGAGGAGAUUUCAGAGCGUGAUGAAGGGGCUCUGAAGUACCUCAAGGAUAUCAAGUGGUAUAGGAUAGAAGAACCGAAAGGAUUCAAGCUUGAGUUUUUCUUCAAUGCCAAUCCUUAUUUCAAAAAUUCUGUCCUGACAAAAACGUAUCACAUGAUUGAUGACGAUGAACCUAUUUUGGAGAAGGCAAUUGGGACGGAGAUUGAAUGGUAUCCUGGGAAAAGCUUGACACAGAAGAUCUUGAAGAAGAAGCCAAGAAAGGGAUCAAAAAAUUCUAAACCCAUAACCAAAACUGAAGAUUGUGAAAGCUUCUUUAACUUCUUCAACCCUCCUGAGAUCCCUGAUACUGAUGAUGGAUUUGAUGAGGAAACUGCUGAAGAACUUCAAGGUCAGAUGGAGCAGGAUUAUGACAUUGGUUCAACAAUAAGAGACAAAAUCAUUCCCCAUGCGGUGUCAUGGUUUACUGGGGAGGCUGUUAAGGAUGAAUUUGAAGAUAUAGAAGAUGAUGAUGAUGAUGUAGAUGAGAAUGAAGACGAAGACGAGGAGGAAGAUGAAGAAGACGAUGAGGAUGAUGAUGAUGAUGAUGACGAUGAGGAAGAGGAAGAGAAAGGAAGGAAAAAGCCAUCUGCUGGAGCUAAGAAAAGUGGUAAGGCACAAGGAGCAGAAGGUGGCGAGCGUCCUCCAGAGUGCAAGCAGCAGUAGUGGCAAUCGAUUUGCAUAGAUGAGCUUCUGUAGGUGUCCUGUUUCUCGGGAGUUCAGUGUUUGAUAUUCAGCCUUGCUAGUGUUGGGGAAAAUCAUUGUUCAUUACCUCCGAGUGAAUCGAUUUUAUUGAUUUUGUUGGGAUGUUUUGGGUUGGCCAGUGCUGUCUUAUGUGUAUCGAAACCAACCGAAGUAUAUUGAUAUUUAUUUUCAUCAUGUUUUCAUAA